CUUUAUCCCGCGCCUGAUGUUAAAAUCGAAGGGAGGUUCCAUGAGAAUAGAUAGGGAGGGGCAGCCUCUUUCAUCCCCGCUCCCGUUCCGGGUAUCGCUGAGUCAAGUUUGCAUCUUUCGCUCUCAGCUGAAACUUCAAUAAUUAACAAAUGGGGGCAACAGUCACGCCUUUUUCACUCACCAGGAAAACCUGUUUUACAACGGAGGAGCAGAAAUAUAUGUUCUGCAUUUACACUGAACAACAGCAGUGGAUACAGGAGAAAUAUAUGGACGGAAAGUAACCCUGGCAAUUCAUCGAAUUGUAAACGUGUUUACCAGAUGAUUCUGGUUGUUGUACCCUGUUAAAAGGCUGAAGGGAAAUAAUCGUGAUAGAGAGCCAGAUAGUUGCUGUAAGCUAAGUGCCAUUGGCAAGUGCAGGCACGCUGUGUUCCAUCCGACAGGAAAAAAUGAAAAUCGAGGAUGACAAAAGACCCUCUUUCCCCUGGGUUGGCAUGGACAUUGGGGGAUCCCUGGUGAAGCUGGUGUACUUCGAGCCACUGGACAUGACAGCCGAGGAGGAACAGGAGGAGUCAGAGUGCCUGAAGAGCAUCCGGUGCUACCUGACCUCCAGCGUGGCCUAUGGCUCCAUGGGUAUCCGCGACGCCCACCUGGAGCUCAAAGACCUGACCUUGCUGGGUCGCCGCGGUAACCUGCACUUCAUCCGUUUCCCCACCCAGGACAUGGCCACCUUCUUCCAGAUGGCCCGUGAGAAGGACUGCUCCACCCUUCAAGCCAUGCUCAGCGUCACCGGAGGCGGAGCGUGCAAGUUUGAGGAGGAGUUCCAUGCAAUUGGGAACUUGCAGCUGCACAAAGCUGAUGAAAUAAACAGUUUGGUGCGUGGGGUGCUGUACCUGUGUGGCCAGAUCGAGUGCUACUCCUUCCAGAAUGUGCAGGACAUGGAGUGUUGCCAGAAGGCUCCCUAUGACCUGCAGGACCCCUACCCUCUGCUAUUGGUUAACUGCGGGACUGGGGUCAGCAUUAUCGCCAUCCACUCCCAGGAUAACUAUGAAAUUGUGGGCGGCACCAGCUACGGGGGCGGGUCCUUCUUGGGCCUGUGCAGCCUGCUGACUGGGUGCGAGACGUUCGACGAGGCCAUGGAGCUGGCCUCCAGAGGAGACAGCAGUCGCGUCGACGUGCUGGUGCGCGACAUCUACGGCGGGGACUACGAACGCCUCCACAUUCCGGCAUGGCUCGUGGUCGCCAGCUUUGGGAAGAUGAUUCAUAAGGAGAAGAGAGAGGCGGCCAGCAGGGAGGAUCUGGCGCGUGCAACGCUGGUCAGUGUCACCAACUGCAUCACCGGGCUCGUCUGUUCCAAAGGCAUCUUGAAGGACAUCCUUGACCGGGUGUUGUUUGUGGGGAAUUUACUGCGGGGGAACACUAUCUCCAGGAAGCUGCUGGCCUUUGGAGUGCAGUUCUGGUCCAGAGGUCGGAUGAAGCCACUGUUCCUGGAGCAUGAGGGGUAUUGCACCGCAGUGGGAGCGCUCCUCCAUCGGCUGAACGGCUCAGCCCCAGAAGCCUCGGAGGGACAGCAGCCCGGGUUCGACACUGAGGCCUGCUCUCCUCGGGAGACCGAGGAUGAUGAAAAUUAAUUCAUAAUUAAAGGAUCAGUGCUGAUAGAUAGAUUAGUGGAGAGUGCGAAGCUCACAUUGACAGGCACACACACACAUACACACACACACAAACUGCACGGGAGGGGCAGGACCAAAAAUAAGCGGUCUCCUCACAGUUUUAUCGGCGCGGAAACGCGCGCCCAACCUUUCGAUCCGCAGAGAUCUCCUUCAGUAGGGAUGAUCGACCGCCGCAGCGUCGCGGCGGCUUGGCGGCAUUGUCCUGGCAACCACUCUGCACCACAUAAACAUUACGCUCCCAGCGUUUCUCUCUUGAGAAUCCACAGAGCCGUACGUGGUUCUCGGCCAGAGCGUGUGUGCUCUGUAACGGAUACUGUAUCGGCUUGUAGAAAUGAAUCCAUGUUAUUUAUCUGUGCUGGGGGACUAUCUGGCUGUUCAUGACCUCAAGGGUGUGUUCCCGGUGAUCAGCCGUUUGAUCUUUUAGUAUGUGUGUCAGAGCUGGCAAGCUACGUUUUUAUAUAGUCACUACGGUACUAAGGGAAGAGUGGAGGCACUACGGAAGCCUACUGGGGCUCCUAAAAUUUGUAAAGUUUAAACAGUCCAUGACAAAAAGGCCUUGCAAAUGGCCCAACCUCUUCCCUCAAUGGGAACAGUUAUGCUGUUUUGACAUUUCACUUUUUCCCUUUUCUCUAAUGGUGCAUUUAUUUUGUGUAUGGAAAUGGUUUCUCAAAAAAAAAAAAAA